ACCGGCGCUGGGCCGCGGAGUGGACGCCUGCGUCUGCCGUCGUCACUCAGCCACAGCGGGAUGGUGCUGUGCGUGGUGCUGGCUGUGGCUGUUCUGGCUUCUGCCAGCGAGCGCCCCCUGGCCACCAGCUGCCGCGCCAGGAAUGUGAGUCUGCCUGAACUGCAGUUCCGACUGCACACCUGCGCGCUCUGCUACUCCUACAUGCACGCCUACAACUUCCUGCCCGCAGCUAAGUGGAGGGCCGUCACGGUGGAUGGCAGCCUGCAGCUGCGACAGCGCAACCUCACGGUGCAGGCCAACGUCUCUGACGAGGCUACGCCGCUUCUACUCAGCUUCGUCGACUCAGUGGCUGUGUCGAACUGGCGCGCCUGCUGCCACCAGGCGGCCACUUGCUGCACCACCAUGCUGACCACCCAGUCCGUGCCUGAGCCCGAGUGGUGUCCGCGCACGUGGGACGGAUGGCUGUGCUGGCCCGACGCGCCGCCACACACGCUGCUGAAGGAGCCGUGCCCCGCCUUCAUUCACUUCGGCACCACCAGUGUGAACUGCUUAUUGCUGGCCGAGAAGCGCUGCGGGGACGGGCGCUGGGGCACGCACCCCGACGACGCCAGCCUCGAGUGGACCAACUACACGACGUGCAGCGUCGUGAGCAGCCUGGAGCGGCGCCUGCACAUCAGCAUCGCGGCGCUCGGCGCCUCCGUGGCCUUGCUGCUGCCCGCCAUCGUCAUCUUCCACGUCUACAGACAGUUGAACUGUGUGCGACUGUCACUGCACAAGAACCUCUUCACGUCCCUUUUAUUGAACGCCAUUUGUGAGAUAUGGUUCAAGACAUAUCUUAUACACUUCAAGUCACACACCGAGGAAUCUCUCAUCAAGAAGAACAGUAUCGUGUGCAAGUUAGUGGUUCUGCUCACGAAGUAUUUUAGGCUAAGCAACUACCUUUGGAUGUUCUGUGAAGGGCUGUACCUACAUCACAUCAUCACUAUAGCUUUCAAGAAAGUCCAGAAACUUUUGAUAUUCUACAUCGUUGGUUGGGGUUUGCCACUUAUAUUCGUGUCGCUGUACGCACUGUUCCGGGCAGUUUUCUCGGACUCAGACUGCUGGGCGUUCCCCACGCCGCACUCCGAGUGGCUCCUGUAUGUGCCCUGCCUUCUCAGUCUGCUGGUAAACACAGCUUUCUUAGUUCAUAUUAUAAGGAUAUUAAUGAGUAAGCUAAGAGCUUCUUACUCCCAUGAAUCUCUACAGUACAGGAAAGCUGUGCGAGCCACUCUGGUGCUGAUCCCCUUGUUCGGCCUGCACUUCGUGGUGACCAUCUACAGGCCCAGCAGCGGCAUAUGCCACUGGGAGGAGUACUACGUCUACGCCGACACUCUGCUGGACGGCUUGCAGGGAGCCUUCGUGGCGGUCAUCUUUUGCUACUGGAACAGCGAGAUUCGCUCCAAUUUACAACGCUCCUACAAAGUGUGGGUUGAAAGGCACUUCGUGGGACAACCAGCGACGCAGAACACGCAGCAUGCAGCGAGCCCUACCACAUCAAGAAAUGAUUCGUGAAGGCUUUAUGUGUGAGAAAAUGAAGAAAUCUACAUUAUUCUGUGAGUGGACGCUAAAUAUCUUCGAGAGCAACUAAGCUACAAAAAUGUUCCUGUCUAGAUCUGGGAAUCAUGCGUUAUUAGCCUUGAUAUUCGUAUUGUUACAUUAUUCAAAUGCUUUGCAACUUGUUAUAAAAUAUAAGAUCCUAUUUCUUUCGAGAUAUAUAUUACAUAAAGUCAUUUCCUUUUAUUAAUUUUUUUAGAACAAAGAAUAUAAAUAAGGUCCGUAUUAUGCUUUAUCUUUUUAAGUUGGAUCCAUUAAUAAAACAACUGUUAGAUAUUAAUCGAAACAAUACUGAAACAAGUCCCAAAAUCAGUUUGCAAUAAAAAAUUUAAAAAAAAAAA